UCAACCCGGAAGCGCUCGAGCUUCUCCCUCGCCGGGCGCCGCCGCCAUGAAGCCGAUCCUGCUGCAGGGCCACGAGCGCUCCAUCACGCAGAUCAAGUACAACCGGGAGGGAGACCUGCUUUUCACCGUGGCCAAGGAUCCGAUUGUCAACGUUUGGUAUUCGGUGAACGGGGAGAGGCUGGGCACCUACAAUGGCCACACGGGAGCCGUCUGGUGUGUGGAUGCAGAUUGGGACACGCGGCACGUGCUGACGGGCUCUGCCGACAACAGCUGCCGCCUCUGGGACUGCGAGACGGGAAAGCAGCUUGCCCUGGUGAAGACCAGCUCAGCAGUGAGGACAUGUGGCUUUGACUUUGGAGGGAACAUCAUCAUGUUUUCCACGGACAAGCAGAUGGGCUAUCAGUGCUUUGUCAGCUUCUUCGACCUCCGGGACCCCAGCCAGAUUGAGAACAACGAGCCUUACAUGAAGAUCCCCUGCAGUGACUCCAAAAUCACCAGUGCUGUGUGGGGCCCACUGGGAGAGUUCAUCAUUGCAGGGCACGAGAGUGGGGAGCUGAACCAGUUCAGUGCCAAGUCAGGGGAGCAGCUGUCAAACAUCAAGGAGCACACCAAGCAGAUCAACGACAUCCAGACCUCCAGGGACAUGACCAUGUUCAUCACUGCCUCCAAGGACAACACAGCCAAGCUGUUUGACUGCACCACCCUGGAGCACCUGAAGACCUUCCGGACGGAGCGACCAGUGAACUCUGCUGCUCUCUCCCCCAUUUUUGACCACGUGGUGCUUGGUGGUGGGCAAGAGGCCAUGGAUGUGACCACAACCUCCACCAGGAUUGGCAAAUUUGAGGCCAGGUUCUUCCACUUGGCUUUUGAAGAGGAGUUUGGCAGAGUGAAGGGUCACUUUGGUCCCAUAAACAGUGUUGCUUUCCACCCUGAUGGGAAGAGCUACAGCAGCGGGGGGGAGGAUGGCUACGUUCGCAUCCAUUACUUCGACCCCCAGUACUUUGAGUUUGAAUUUGAAGCUUAAAGGAGGAGCCUCCUUCUCCUCUUCCCUCUCCUCUCCCAGUCCAUCGGCUCCUCUGUGGAACAUUUUGGAAGGCCUGAAGUUGGGUGGCUCCCAAGAGGCAGCAGGAAGCAUCAGCAGCAACCUCGGGGGGGCUGUGGGAGGGUGGGGAGUGGGAAGCCCAGCUGGCUCAGAAGGGCAGGAUGGGGCUUUCCCAAGAGGUGGUGGAGGCAAGGACAGGAGCCUGGCUGCCUGCCUGCCCCUGGGGCUGCUUCCUGCCCUGCUGAGCUUAUUUAUACACCAGGGGAGGAAAGAAAUAAUUAAAACAGGAAAUAAAGAUACAUCUUUUAUAAAGGAGAA